AUGGCUGACGAUCGUGAUGUUUUGUCCAGCGAUGUCAAGCCAAUCAAUUAUGACAUUUCCUUGCGCGAUCUUCUUGCAGGAGAACCAUGGACAUACCAAGGGCGAGUAGCAAUCGCCCUCGAGGUCAAGACAGCGGUUACCUCUAUCACACUGAACACAUUUGAGCUCAAAAUUCAUUCAGCGGAGGCCCGGCCGACAUCAGGCCAUGAAUCUUCGAAGAUCAAGGUCAUCAACAUUUCGUAUGAUACCAAAAACCAACGAUGCACGCUGUCCUUCGACCAAAGCAUCACUCCGUCUCCUUCGGUCACAUUGAUCAUCGAUUUUGAAGGCACGAUGAACAACAACAUGGCUGGAUUCUAUCGAUCAAAGUACAAGCCUAUAGUGGAGCCUGCGAAAGGAGUUGCCAGAGAUGAGGACCAUCACUACAUGUUCUCGACUCAGUUCGAAAGUUCCGAUGCUCGUCGCACUUUCCCUUGCUUUGACGAGCCCAACCUCAAGGCUACGUUCGACUUUGCCAUAGAGAUCCCCGACGAUCUCGUGGCUUUGAGCAAUAUGCCUGAAAAGGAAACGCGUAAGGGCACUAAAGAUGGUAAAAAGGUCGUGAGUUUCGAGCGUACGCCAGUCAUGUCGACGUAUCUUCUUGCAUGGGCCUUUGGAGAUUUCGAAUAUAUCGAGGAUCGGACACGACGAGAGUACAACGGCAAGCCCCUUCCAGUCAGAGUCUACACCACGCGAGGGCUCAAGGAGCAAGGCAAGCUCGCACUGGAAAGCGCCCAUCAAAUUGUUGAUUAUUUCUCGGAGAUAUUCGACAUUGACUACCCACUGCCGAAGGUUGAUCUGCUUGCAGUACACGAAUUUUCACACGGUGCGAUGGAGAACUGGGGCCUCAUCACAUAUCGUACGACAGCUGUGCUGUUUGACGAGGCAGCCUCGGACCAGAAAUAUCGUAACAGGGUUGUAUAUGUCGUCGCCCACGAACUUGCCCACCAGUGGUUUGGCAAUUUAGUCACAAUGGACUGGUGGAACGAAUUGUGGCUCAAUGAAGGGUUUGCCACUUGGGUCGGAUGGUACGCUGUGGACCAUCUCCACCCAGACUGGAAUGUCUGGGGACAAUUCGUGGCAGAUGGAAUGCAGAUGGCCUUCCAGCUUGACAGUCUCCGCACAAGCCAUCCGAUUGAAGUACCUGUCAAGAAUGCUUUGGAGGUCGAUCAGAUCUUCGACCAUAUCAGCUACCUCAAAGGGAGCUCGGUAAUCCGCAUGCUUGCAGCUCAUCUCGGUGUAAAGACCUUCCUCAGGGGUGUAUCCGAUUAUCUCAAAGCCCACACAUACGCCAACGCCAGAACUCGUGAUCUGUGGGCAGCGUUAAGCAAGGCUUCGGGCCAGGAUGUUGAUGCAUUCAUGGGCAAUUGGAUUCAAAAAAUUGGGUUCCCGGUGGUCACGGUCUCUGAGGAGCCUGGUCAAUUGACUAUCAAGCAAUCAAGAUUCCUCACAUCGGGCGAAGUCCAGCCAGAGGAGGACGAAACGACUUGGUGGAUUCCUCUAGGUGUCAAGACAGGCGUUCAAUCAUCAGAAGUGCGCCGCAAACCACUGACAUCCAAGUCGGACAUUCUUCCCGACAUCGACAAUAGUUUCUACAAAAUCAAUUCAGAUCAGACAGGCUUCUAUCGGAUUAAUCUGCCACCCCAGCGUCUUGCAGAGAUGAGCAAAUUUAUUGACCGCCUUUCCGUUGAAGAUAAGAUCGGACUCAUCGGAGAUGCUGCAGCUAUGGCCAUUUCAGGUCACGGCACCACACCGGCCGUGCUCUCAUUCAUUGAAGGUUUCAAGACCGAGACGAAUUAUUUGGUCUGGAGCGGUGUACUUGCUAGUCUUGGCAAAAUCCGCUCCGUCUUUUCCUACGAUACCGAGACAGCACGAGGGCUCCAGGCUUUCACUCUGAAGUUGGUAACCAAUGCAGUUGAGGCUAUCGGUUGGGAGUUUGUUCAAAGUGAGAGCUACCUCACUGGCCAACUUCGCUCGCUCUUGAUCGGUGCAGCCGGUCUUGCUGGCCACGAAGGUACGGUGAAUGAAUCGCAGAAGCGAUUCAAGGAUUUCAUCAACGGCGAUCAAAAAGCGAUUCACCCAUCGUUGAGAGGUGCGGUGUACAAGAUCUCCGUCAAAUAUGGCGGCGAAGAGGCGUACCGUGCUGUCCAGAAAGAAUACUUGCAGACCACUUCGAUUGAUGGAAAGGAAAUUGCGCUUCAUUCUUUGGGAAGUGUUCAGACGCCUGAGCUGGCACUGGAUUAUCUCACGUUUGCUUUCGGAGGUAAAGUAGCCACACAGGAUUUGCAUUCGGUGGGUGGUUCCUUGGCAGCAAACUCAAAGACGCGCGACACGCUUUGGCAAUACAUACAACAGGAGUGGCCCUUAAUCCGCUCGAAGCUGAGCGGAAAUAUGGUGGUGCUGGAACGCUUCCUUCGAGUCAGUCUUCCCAAGUUUGCAACCUUCGAAAUGGAGCAAGAGAUUUCCAAGUUCUUUGGCGAAGACACUGCCGGCUACGAUCGAGGCCUUGCUGUGGUAAGCGACACCAUCAAGGGCAACGCGCAGUACAGAGAGAGAGAUCAGGCCAUUGUCAAAGAAUGGCUCCGCGAGCACAAGUUCCUAAAUUGA